GGCCCUGACCUCCCCUUCCCCGGCCGCUGUCAAAGUUGACCGCCGGGCGCUGCGUUGCAAUGGAGAGAAGGGAAGAGGCGCAACAGCACCCGCUGCGGGGGAAGGAGGCGGAGGAGGAGGAAGAGGAGGAGGAGGAGGAAGGAAAGCGGGGGGAUUGAGAUCGCGCCUGUCCCAGCUGCUGGAAACCAGCGCCGCUGAUCCGCGCUCGCCUGGUGGCGGCUGCGCGCCCACGAGAGAAGCCGAUCGCCCCCAGAAAUGCCGCGCUGCUGCUGCUGAGAGGGAGACCCCGGCCACCCCCAGCGGCUCCUGGACGGGUCUGGGAGCGGCGGAAUUAGCCGGCAGAGCAGGGAAAGGCGGUGGGUGGGUGCCCUCUGCCUCCGAUCCUGCAGAGCCCCGAGGCGGAGCAGCCGAUCUCUCUCUCCCUCCCCCUCCCCCCCGCCUCGGCAGAGCUUCCGUUUCUCUCCACUCCCCCCCCCCCCGCCGCCUCUCCCUGCUCCUCCCGGCCUCUUUCCGAUCCUCCCCAGCCAUGACCAUUCCGGUUUUCACCUCAUAAAGAUGGCGGUGCGGGAUCACUGCAACCUUUAGACUCAUGACUGUCAGAAACAUCGCCUCCAUUUGUAAUAUGGUGAGUAUUACUUGCUCGGCCUGGCUGGGGGCGGGAGGGGCGCACGGGGCGGGGGAGAGAGCCGCACAAUCCUCCCCCGCACCCACUAAACACACACACACACUCACACUCUUCCGCCUCCCCCACCCCCUACAACCCACCCAGUUAUGGGGAGAUCGGAAUCCACAGAAAGGUGCGUGCAGAGAGGGCAAGGCUUCACACACACCCCGCCCCGAAUUGGUUGCCAGAGUUUCAGGCUUGCAAUCCUGGGCCACACUGAACUUGGAAGUAAAAGGCCCACUGCAGCCCAGUAGGACUUGCUCCCGAGUAAUCCCUUCCCAGGAUCGGGGCCAUUUUGGAAGGAGGAGCUGCGGAAGUCUGGAAAUGCAGGCGAUCUCUCUGCUGAUCCGGUGGGCGGGGUGCUGGAGGUGGGCAUCCGAACCAUGUGUGGGGAGGAGGGGGGCGUCCUUGAAAGUUUGCACAGUGUUGCUUUUUUUGCACAGGAGAAUACCGGGUGUACAGUGCUAGGUGCGGAUGAGGCAGGGAUCUGAAUAACUGGGUUUUGGAAACAAGGGAGGAAUUGUUUUUUUCAGCGUGCAAACAUGUUGGGCAGGUUCAAACAUGAACAUGUGAUUUCCGUCUGGGCAGUGCUAGUCCCUCAAGGAAGCAUGUGCUCCAAAAGGAACUGGUUCAAAUAAGAGUUGUUUAAGCUUCUGUGCAUAAGCCGAGCUAAGAGAUGUGGCCUUCAACCUGCCUCUCUUUUGAAUGAAAUGAAUAAAUCAGGAGUUAGAUGCAGAGCUUUGAUCAGUUUUGCUCUUCUUCGCUUAGAAAUUUAGUUAACCAGGAGGUUUUUGCAUUCAACUUAUUGACCGAAUGUGUCAACAUUUUCCAAACAUUUUUCUCCUUUGUAAAUUGGAAGCUAGGUGAUAAAAAAGUGUUAUUUAUCUGAAGGGUGGAGGAGAGACAAUGCAAACUAGUUGCAGGAAAACUUGUACAGUAGUAGCUCUUUAAUGAAUUGCAAUAUUUUGCAGGGUGUGGGCAAGUCCCCGCCCCGCAAAGGGUGAAAAGUCACUAGGUCCAGUGAGUCAUCUCCUUGUGUGUCUGUAGGUAACAAAUUGUGUGAAAAACAACUACCUAGAUCUUACUUGCUGUACCAGUGUGUACAUGCUUAGACUGGAGGGCAUCAAUAGCUAGGGAAAGAGGUAGUGGUAAAAACCACUCCUUAAGAAACCCUCCCUGCUCUCAGAAAAUCUAAGUAACUACCGUCAGUUGCUAAUCCCCCCUUCUUGGGCAAGGUUCUUUAGCGGGUGGUCACAGAUGAGAUCCAGGCACUCUUGGAGGAAACCGAUUUUCUAGAUUCAUUUCUGUUGGGACUUAGGCCCGGUUUUGGCACUGAAACUGCUUUGGUCGCCCUGUAUGAUGAGCUCUUGCCAGGAGAGAGAGACAGGAGAAAUGCGUCCUUGUUAAUUCUCCUUGACCUCUUACUGGCUUUCGAUACCAUUGCCCAUGGUUUCCUUCUGGAGUUUGAGUGGGUGGCACCCCUUUGCAGUGGUUCCAGUCCCACUUGGAUGGCUGUUUCCAGAGGGUGAUGCUUGGGGAACGUUCUUCGGCCCUGUGGAACCCUCAUUGUGGCCUCAGGGCCAGUGCUGUUUUGCUAGAAAAAGAGGUGUCAGGACUCACCAUGAAUACUUCCCUUGUUCUCUUAUAAUGGCAAUGACACUCAACUGAGAGAUGCCGGAACUGAAUUCUGGUGAGUUCUGAGCCAAAAAAAAGCUCUGCUCAAUUUAUCCCCUAUCAACAUGAGACCUCUGAGUGGGGUUAUCUGGAGUUUUGGAGCACAUGGUCAGCAAUCUGCUGAUGACACACAGAUCUACUUCUCCUUUACAUCUACAGCUGUGGCAUGGAUGUGUUGGAACAUUGCCUUGCCUCGGUAAUGGACUGGAUGAGAGCCAACUGAGGCACUGUUAGUGGGUGGUUCCCUUGACUGUAUGGAUGGGAGGUUGCCUCCUAUUGAUGGGGUUACACUCUCUGAAGGAGUGGGUACAUAGCUUGGGGGUCCUCCUGGAUCCUUUGCUGUCGCUUGAGGCUCAGGCGGCCUCAGUGGCGUGGAGUGCCUUCCAUCAACUUUGGCUGGUGGCCCAGCUGUGCCCCUGUCUGGACAGGGAUAGCCUAACCUCAGUUGUCUAUGCUCUGAUAACCUCUAGGUUAGAUUACUGCAAUGUGUUAGAUGUGUGGCUGCCUCUGAAGACAGUUCGGAAACUUCACCUGGUGCAGAAUUCGGCAGCCAGGUUGCUCACUGGGGUAAGAUGGUGUGUGAAUAUUACAUCGAUCCUGGCCUGACUGCACUGGCUGUCAAUUAGUUUCCAGGCCCAAUUCACAGUGCUGGUUUUAACUGAUAAAGCCUUGAACUGCUCAAGGACCACCUCCUUAUUUGUGGAAUGCUCUCCCCUGGGACGUUCAUCUGGCACCUUUAUUAUACAUCUUUAGGCACCAGGCAAAAAUGUUCCUCUUCAACCAGGCCUUUAGCUGAUGAACAGUCUAUGGCCUUUAAAACAUGUUGGGGGUUGUUAUGGGUUGGUUUUGUUCUUGUACUUAUUAUGUACUUUAUGGUUUUAUUCUGUAUUUGUAUGUCGUGAACUGCCAUGGGAUCUUUGGUAUAUAUAAUAAUAAUAAUAUAAUAUGAGAGCACAUCACAAAAUAUGAUGAUGGACCAGCCUUGUGGUCAGAACACAUGCUUAUAACAGGAAGUGUAAGACCUGAGUCCUCAAGCUGAUUCCUUCAUUGCUUGCUCAUUGAAGUCAAAAGGGGUUCUGAAAAUGUGGGCCUUGGAGCAGCCUGUAUUUCAUUUCUGCUUUGCUUUCUUCCUUUUGUGACAGAACUUGUGUGUGCUGUUAAGCAGUAAGCUGGUCUGGUUUCCUUGCCUUUAAUUUGGAAGAUACUCAAGAUGCAGUAGUAGGACAGGUUCUGAGACUCGCACAGCGCACACACACACACACACACACACACACACACCACUUGCCUAGAAGGACCAAUUUACUUUCUUAUUUUGACAAUUAAGUGACUCACGGUUGCAUAAACAUAUAGCAAAAAAAUGUGAUUUGGGAAAUAGAACGACGAUAAUAAACGUUCUGCCCUUCUCCUUAGUGGCCAAAAUCUACCUUUCAACAACAGAGGCUUGCAGCACCUCCAAGACUAAAAGUACUCCAAACUUAAUUUCUAAAGCUGAAAUCCUAUAUACCAUAAGCUUGCUUGGGAUUGUUGGUUUCUGCUUUCCUUCACUGUGCAGCUAGCAUGUCAUGAGACAGUUGUUUUGCAUUCCACAGUCAGAGGUACUGUUGGAGUUUCUCACGGGAAAGGGAGACUGGAUGUGACGUACACUGGUUUCCUGUUUUUUUCACUGUGUGAUUCUCUCCAAGCUGUCGCGGAGAGAGGAUGCAUUUUUCUGCUCAUGCAGAGGCAAGAUGUCUUUCUGUAAUAUACCAGCUUUGAACUGUAAAUAAAGCAAUUUAGAGUAUGUAACACAUUUUCCUCAUCCUUCCGCUGGGCAACCAGACUCUGCUUUAAAUCAACACGUGGUUAUGGACUCCAGGAGUCGAAUCGGAGUGCCGGCAAAGGAUCGGAAUGCAGAGGGACGGAUCGGAAAGGAAUCUGCUCUGCGCGUAGAAGUGAUUGAUGAGGUAUGUGCUACUGCUCCGGGCAGCCUGCCAGCUUCGAGUUAAUGGCUUUAUGGCUGGACUUUGAACGUUUAAAGCCGGUUUUGCAAAAGGCAAAAGGCUCCCAGGCACAAGUCACUAUGCUGGGGAAAUCGAAAGUAACUUUUAAGUGUGCCUUUGUAAUGAAGCAGCUGCAGCAGUGACGCAGCAAGAUUUAAAGCAGCAUAGAUAUGACGCUGAAGGCUAAUGCCAGAGUCAUGAUGGCCCUUCAGGAUGCUUGUGGGAUUCCUAAGCUCAACAAGAAAAAUUACAGCGACUGGGUUCAGUAUGCAGAGGCAAUUCUGCGGAAAGAGGGUUUGUUUGAGGUGAUUACAGGAACCCCCCCAGUUCCAGUUACAGAUGCAUGGGAAGCUAAGGAUUCCAAAGCAAGGGGAACUCUUACAUUGAUGGUAUCCCCAGAAGAGCUCUGUCUAUUGCGUGAUAAGACCUCAGCCAGAGAAAUUUGGGACGCUCUGAGAGAGGCUCAUUUAAGGACAGAAGCUGGAUCCACCAUGUUUUACUUCAACAAGCUGCACAAUAUGGCUCUUGCUGAAGGUGGAGAUGUACGUUUACAUCUGAUGGAGAUGCAAAAUCUGAGACAUGAGCUGCAACAGAGAGGACUCAACUUUCCAGAGGCUGUGUAUUCUUUCAUGAUACUACAAUCUUUGGGUUCAGGUUGGGAGUCUGUUGCAACCCAGAUUGCUGUGCAACCAACUGCUCAGCUGUCAGUGGACUUUGUUACUGCCGUGAUUUUAAAUGAAGCAGAUCGCCGGGGUGCCAGCUGCAUGGGCAAGGGGGAGUCUUCACAGACGUCAUCCCAUAGUGCAGUGGAACCACCAGAUGGCGCCAAAGCUUUGAAGGCAGUGAAAUGCUACACGUGUGGACGUCUAGGCCAUAUGAAGAGGGAAUGCAGACAUCCCAGGGCCAAGACAGAGCAGCGCAGCGAAAGCUCAUCGCGCGGAAAAGGCCGAGGCAAAGGCAAAGGUCCGGUGUCUAGGACAACGCAGCACAAGGCUAUGGUUUCACGCUUCACUCCAAAGGUUGCAGAGGUCCAGAAGACGUCUAAAUCUUUCUUCGUUGUUGAUUCAGCGGCCACCCACCACAUGUGCAACGAUAAGAAACUGUUUGUGUCUUUUACACCGCAGGAAGGUGCGAUUCACCAGGCGGAUGACCACACUAUUCCCAGUAAAGGCUACGGAACUGUUGUUCUUCACAGUUUGGACUUAUCGAUACAGAAUGUGCUUUACGUGCCAGACGCCAAACAUAAUCUGCUCAGCGUUGGACAGCUGAAUGAGCGGAACAUUGACGUUUCCUUCAAGAACAAGAAGUGCAUCAUCACAAAGAAAAAUGAUUAUGUAUUGCAUGCAGAAUAUGUUGAUCGUUUGUUUGUUUUGUAUUAUGAUGAUGUGGUGCAGGAUGACACUUGUUGCAUUGCAGGUUCUAACAAAAGUUUGCAUGCAGAAUGUAUUCACGAUUUUCAUCGCAAAUUUGGUCAUUUGCAUUUUGAGGCAGUAUCUAAAAUGCCUGCCUUGGUUGAAGGUAUGACUAUUAAACCCUGCAGGUACCACAUGAAGUGCAAAGCAUGCGCAGCAAACAAGGUGAAAAUGGCUGCGAAAGGUAAGGUGUCUAGUAGGAAAGCUACAGAACCAUACCAGGUUGUUCAUGCUGAUUUGGUUGGACCACUAUCGCCCUCUUUGGGUGGAAAUAGAUACUUCAUGGUUCUCAUUGAUGCAUUUUCUAGAUAUAUUUUUGUGUACAAUCUCAAGCAGAAAUCAGAGGCUUUUCCUAGGUUCAAGGAAUUCUGUGCUUGGUUGGAAAAUGUGCAUGGUAAGAAGAUAAAGACUCUUUUCAGUGAUCGCGGGGAAUUCACUUCUCAGCAGUUUGAAGCUUUUCUGACUGAGAAAGGAAUUCAACACGAUUUGUCUAGUCCUCGCUCGCCAUGGCAGAAUGGACUUGCGGAACGGGCAAAUCAGACUUUGCUUCAAGGGUUAAAAACCUUGCUGCAUGAUGCCAAUCUUCCAGAGAGUUAUUGGGCCGAAUCUCUCUCGUGUUUUGUUUACAGUUACAAUCGCAGGCUAUCUUCAGCGAUUUGUUGUACCCAAUAUGAGAAGAUGUUUGGCAAGAAGCCAUACAUCAAACACAUGAAGAUUUUUGGUUCUGACAUGUGGGUUCACUCACCACAAAACUCCAAGUUAGACAAGCGUGGAUUGCAUGGUAUCUUUCUAGGUUAUCAGAAAGGGUCUUACAGAAUAAUGAUGACUGACUCUAAGACAAUUAAGCUCACGAGAAGUGUUGAGUACAAUGCAAAGUGGGGGAGACUGUGGGAAUUUUCCAAUGUUAUCCUGAUGACGGUGAUGAGACUGAGGAUAGUCAAAAGCAACCACAACAGCCCACACCCACUGAUGAAGGUUCUGAGUCUGAAUCUGAAACUGAAUCGGGUGAUUCAGAGGAUUUCAAGAGUGCGAAAGCCUCUAUGCGACCCUCUGAAAGCUCUGAUCAAGAAUUGGAGGAACCAUUGUUCACAAUAGGUCGUUUUUCUCCUAAGAAGGAAGAGGAGAGUGUUGAAGACUUAAGGCUAAUUCGUAGGUCACAGAGAGCUACAAAAGGCAAACCUCCAAAGAGAUUUGCUGAUGAGUUUGCUAAGAUAGCAGUAACAGCUGUUAAAAGCUCCAAGAAGGUAUUUGAACCUUCAAGUUUCCAAGAAAUCCAGGGUUUGGAUUCAAAGGAAGCUGAGCCAUGGUUAAAUGCCAUGAAGGCUGAGCUUGAUUCCUUAGAAAGGAACAAAACAUGGGAGCUAGUUCCAGUAGUUCCAGGAAUGAAACUGCUUGGAAGCAAAUGGGUUUUCAAAGCGAAGACAGAUCAAAAUGGCAAGAUAGUCAGACACAAAGCCAGAUUGGUAGCCAGAGGUUUUGCACAGGUACCAGGUGAAGACUAUCACGAGACCUAUUCACCCACAGUGAGAUAUGAAAGCAUUAGGCUUAUGCUUAAGCUAGCUGCAGAGGAAAAUCUACACAUUAGUCACCAUGAUAUUAAUACAGCUUUUCUGUACGGAUCUCUAGAUGAAUCACUUUAUAUGCUUCCACCUGAUGGCGUACAGGUAAAACAGGGAUUUGUUUGUGCUCUGAAGAAAUCCCUUUAUGGUCUCAAACAAAGUGCACGGUGUUGGCACACAAAACUCACUGAAGUAUUGUUUUCUCUAGGUUUUCAGCAAGGAAAAGCUGAUCCAUGUGUAUUUGUCAAAGAGGAGGGGCAAAAGAAACUGUACUGUUUGUUUUAUGUUGAUGAUUUAUUAUUUUUUUUGGAAAGAUGUCGCAAUGUACAAUAGCGCCCUAGCUCAACUGAAAGAGCACUUUGACAUGAAAGAUCUUGGUGAGGUAAACAACUACCUAUCUCUGGAAAUAGAGAGAGAUCAAGAUGGUAACAUUCUAGUACACCAGUCACGGAAAAUUGCUGAUGUGUUAAGCAAACUAAAUCUGAUGGAUGCUAACCCUGUAGACACACCGAUGACAACAGGUUAUCAGGUAGAUGACACUGAAGAAGCAUUUUCUGACACUACACUGUACAGGAGUGUGCUAGGCAAGCUAAACUUCAUUGCCAGAUGUUCAAGACCAGACAUUGCUAUUAGCUGUAAUUUGCUAAGCAGACAAGUCAACAAUCCUAGUGUCAAGGAUUGGAAAGCUCUGAAACGCAUAGCGCGGUAUUUGAAAGGCACUAUGCAUUACAGACUGAGAUUUAACAAUCAGAAGUCUGGAGGUCUUGAGAUAUUUGCAGAUGCAAGUUUUGGAAGUGACACUACAGACAGGAAAAGUACGUCUGGAGUUUGCUACAUGUACAAUCAGAGUCUGUUUGAUUGGUCAUGCAAGAAGCAAACAACAGUUAGCUUAAGUACUUGUGAAGCCGAAUUGAAUGCACUGUCUUAUUCACUUAAGGAUUGUGAAUGGUUAGUACAAUUGUGCAAAGAUAUGACAAUUCCUGUCAAAUGUCCAAUCCAGGUUUACCAGGACAACAAAGCAUGUUUGGUUUUGCUGAAGUCUGAAGGUUGUAAGCAAAGCACAAAGCACUUGCAAUUAAAGUUGCAGCAGGGAUAAGUCCCACUGUACUCAAUAACCCUUUCCCUUCGAGUAGACAUGUAUAGGAUUUCAUUGUAACAUAUUUAUUAGGGCAUUACUUUUCAUCUACUAGCUAGAGUCUGCAUUACCAGAUACAUGAAGUGUUAUCCUCAGUUGACUGGUGGUGUGUGUGUGUGUGUGUGUGUGUGUGUGUGUGUGUCUUAUUGUUGACAUUUUAUUACAUUACCCUCCUUUCAUCUGAAGGUUCCAGGGUGGAUUACAACAUAUGAAAAUACAAUAAAAUUAAAAUAGCAAUAAACAUCAACAAGCUCGCCCUUAAAAGGGUAAUUCCAUACAUGUAUAUAUAUAGAGAGAGAGAAAAUUUGUAAACUUGUGUGUCCAAAUGGCAAAAUAAUAAUAAUAUGCAGUUUGUGAUAAUUCUGUGUAAAGCUGUAGGUAAGCAAAGUGAUCUUCACAACAACAGUAAUUGGUGCUGUGAUCUAAACCACAGAGCCUAGAGCUUCCCGAUCAGAAGGUUAGCGGUUUGAAUCCCCACGACGGGGUGAGCUCCCGUUGCUUGGUCUCAGCUCCUGCCAACCUAGCAGUACGAAAUCACAUCAAACUGCAAGUAGAUAAAUAGGUACCGCUCUGGUGGGAAGGUAAACGGCGUUUCCGUGCGCUGCUCUGGUUUGCCAGAAGCGGCUUAGUCAUGCUGGCCACAUGACCCGGAAGCUGUCUGUGGACAAAUGCCGGCUCCCUCAGCCUAUAGAGCAAGAUGAGCGCCGCAACCCCAGAGUCGUCCGCGACUGGACUUAACGGUCAGGGGACCCUUUACCUUUAGCUUUUCACAUAGCAAUGUGGGUUGAAUCCACGUGGCCCCUUCCAACUCUGCAAUUCUGAGCAGGGGCUCUGUCUACUGAAGUGUGUGAGAAACUGCUUGGGGAGAUGCAAGCUUUUUAUCCAGUACCUAGUCUUGAAAUGGGUUUUGUGUAUGUUUUACGGCCUAUCCCUGGGUGUAGCCAGGACUUUUGUUGGAGGAGGCAGGACUUUGUUUUGCGGGGGGGGGGGGGGAUCCCACAUGAUUCGCCAGUGAGUUAAGUAUUUCUAUUGUUUUACUUGAACUGGAGGGAGCAGCUGCCCCCUGCGCCCCCCAUGGCUACGCCCAUGAGCGCAUCUGCAUGUUCAGCAAAUGUCCACAGUGCAGUCUUCCUAGAGCUGUAAAAUGCGUGUGGAGGAUUACAUGUUUGAACGAUUCCCCCCAUUUAACCAUUUUUUUCUGUGUUAGAGAAAAGGCGGUCAGCAUAACAUGGGUGGGUUCUUUUGCUUCCCUUCAUGUGCCGCUUGAUGAUUCUGUAGUUGGAAGAGCAAUAACAGAGACUCCUUUCUUCCUUUGAAGCGGUAGGAAGCCGCCUUGAAACAGUAGGGGGGCACAGAGAAAUUCCUCACAGUGCAAAAACAUUCUUGGGAUUUCUUUGUUGGGGGCAAACAAAAAUCAGGCCUGUUUGGGUCCCAUGGAAGCUCUUGUCCCCCAUCCUCACUUUCAGCCUCAAUUACAAAAAGCUCCAUGGCUCUACUGCCCUCCUGCCACAAACAAAGCAAAACACCAACAGCAACAUCCCAGACAUGAGAGAAGGCUUUGCCACUGCUCUGCAUGUGUUGCAACAGAACAAUGGGCUUUGAUGAGUUGGAACAGAGACUAAAUGGGGCAUAGCAAUCGCUUUUAUAUUUGUACAGUAUGCCACAUCCUUCACUGCCCUCCAUCCAGAGAAGCCAUAGGAUUUCUCAGAGUUCAAGGACAUAUUCCAGACAGGCAGAAGCACUCGAGGAAGGUUGGUGCAGGGCUUGGUUCAAGAGGAUUUGUGGCCUGGAGAAAGUCCCAAGGGUCUGUGUUUUCUCCAUCCCUGGGAUAAAAAUUAAAAUAAAAUUACAUAAAAAACAAAAAUAAUGCUGGGAGCCAAAUCUGACUGCUGGGGCUUUUGAUUGCCGGUUUAGGGCUGCAAAAUCUUUAGUCAAAAUGUUUGCUUCAUUAACUUGUAUUUAAGGAGAGGUGGAGAAAUUGGCUUUGACUGUGGCAUUUGAAACUGGAGUGUACUGUUUUUGUUCCUAUGUUUUGUAUUUUUGUGUUUGUAUAUUGCAAACCACCCUGCGAUUGUUGGAGGAAGGGCGGUAUAGAAAUUUAAUAAAUAAAAAUGUUAAGAAUAAAAGGAAGUACCCAAGUACAAUAUCUGGAGCCAUUCCUCAGAACAUCUUUCUGUUUUAGUUUACAUCCCCCCUUAUUUUCAGGUUCUUGCAGGAGCAGCUAGAUACAGUCACUAUCUUCCCUCCUUGCGGCAAGCCUGCAUGUCCCUUGCUGAUGAUGUCAUAUGCACCACUCAUCAGUGGUGGACAAUGGAGCCUACCUAUAAUGUAAUGCACCUCUGAGCCUGUGGGGUCUUGACCUUCCUGGGGUCACUUGCAAGGCUAUUUGAGAGUCAUGAGCACUAUCCUCUCCUCUUUCUUGCCAAUAUUUUGUUGAAAUGAGUUUUCUCAGUUGCCUCCAUUGCCAGAAACAGCCGUACAGAGAACUGUUCUGAGGUCCCCAGUCACACCCAGCUUAAAAGGUUGAGAAUUCCUGGAAUAAGCGAUACUAUUUAAGAAACCAUAUAUUUGACUGGGAGGAAAGAAUCCUGGACUCUCCUAUUGAUUUUUGUUUUGUUUCACUUGGAAACAUUAUGUUAUCAUGUGCAACUGUAAAUUGAGAAUUAACGCUGGGGAAUUAGACAUAUUGAAUUUGGUUUGUCAGAGCAACCAGAAGGAUCCUUGUUUAGUUACCAUUGGUUGCCUGAAGAUUAUCAUUUUUACAAGAGCGAAUCCUCAUGAUGGAGAGCAUUUACACCACUCCUGAAAUGGCAGAAUUUAUUCGGACUCUUGUGGGGAUAUAAGGAUGAAGCUUGUAAUUCCGACAAGUAAAUAAAUAAAUCUAUUUUCCAGUAUAUUAAGUAGAAAGGAGGUCUGCCCCCACCAAAAAGAAAGGAUCCUUCAUGUCAAGGAUAUUGGGGCUCAUCCAGACUUUCUUUUGCACCAUGCUUUCCAGGCACAGGUCUGUGAGACCUUUGUGUCUGAGCAGUUUUGUUGUCUCUGGGAAAACCUGUGUUUUACUGCUGAAUCACAGCAAAUGGCAAUUCACAGAAAACCUGGUUGUUGUUUGCUCUGAUUCAGCAGUAAAAUAUGGGUUUUCCCAGAGAAAGUGCCAACACACACACACGGCUCAGAAAUGCAACUUUAAAGCCUAGACCUGCAUCCUGAGUCAAAGCAACAGCAUUUUGUGCCUGGGCUAAGAAGUAGAUGGAUCAUUACAAAAGGAGAUGGCAAGGUCGUGAGGACUUUGGGGAUUUUUUAAAAUACAAAGCUGAAAGGCUAAAAAAAGAAAGAGAAAAAAAUUGUUCCUCCUGUGACCCAGGGACAUGUCAAUUUAUCCACCAACUAGGAAACCCAACAGCACAUAGAACUCGCAGUGUUGCACUAAUUGGAAAGAGGAAGGAUGCACAACAGGAGUUUUGGGAUGUGAUGCAGCAGCAAAGUAGGGAGAGCCAGGCUAAGAUGUGCACAAUAUAUGGGGAGGCCUCUGGCCUCAUUGCAUGCACCAAGAUGUCACCAACUGGAUAAAGGAGGCAGGGAAGGCCUGAGCCAUUUAAGUUCAUUCUAGGUUCCUUUGGGAGUCCAGAUUUUGAAAUAGUUGGGAAAAGAAAAAGGACAAAGAUAGGCCUCUCCCAAAUACAGCAGCCUGACCUGGUGUUUGGCGCCAGCUUUAGAAAUACUCGAGUCCUCAAACUUAGUUGUAUUUACUUUUGAUAUCUUUGAAUCCUGUGGCUAGGUCAAGUGAUAACUCCAUGAAAAUGCUUCCAGCUUAAGGAAGAGUUAGCAUGCUAGAGCUCUGACCAGCAUGCUAUGGAAAUUGGCCACAUUGAGGGUGUGGCAAAGUUCAAUUUUAGUUUUGUGCGUUUGGUGUAGUUCCAUUUAUAUGGGCUCCUUGAGAAUGCUAGAAGAACAGUGACUGGUUUUGGCAGAGGGGCUUGUUAUAUUGAAGGAGGAUUUCAACAUGUGUCACUUCCAUCUCACAGCCUGACGGGAGUUCUGCUCCCUCCUUUUAUCUGUGGUCCUUCAGCGCUCCUUGAUGAGUUUCACCCUUUCAUAGGCGCUGUUCCUCUUUUUGUAUCUUGCUGUGUUGCUAGCUGCUCCCUUUUCCAGUGUCCUGGUUUUGCUUGUCUCGUGGUUGUUGGUUGUGGGACUCCAUCCACUAAGGACUUGCUUCUUGUGACAAGUAUUCUGGUUUCGCCAGGUAGACGGGGCUAGCCCUGACUUUCGAAAACAAUAUCAGUGAUAUGUGGGGCAGCAGCUGGAGCAAUAGAUUUCCUGUGCGUGAUGUGUUUGUUCACAUUCUCAAAGGAUAUACACUGAUUUGAAAGGCAACAAUGCUAAAACCCCCCACAUAAUAUAACUCUCAAUGCAAUUUCUCUACAGCAUCCUCUGGUGUCACACUUUUAUAACACAUUUUAAUGUUUUAAUUGACCGGUGUAGGUUAGUCCAAACUCACAUAAGAUUUGUCUGCAAACUUUCCAGAAGGAAAACCAAUAAGCAGUUGGGUGGCAAUUGUGGAAUCUCUUUCCAUGGUUUCUAGUCAUGAUGGCAAGGGUGAUCCCUUGCAUGUUGGUGAUGCCUGAAGUGGAGGACAGGGUUCUGUCCCUGCUUGUUCUAUGUGCAGAAACUGAUCAGUCUGAGAAUUGAAUUUUAGGAUGUGCUGUUGGCAUCCAUCUGUCUCGAGAGACAAUGUGUAGACACCAUCCAUUUAAAGCACACACCACAAAUCCUGGAAACUGUAGUUUACCCCUCAGAGAUCCUAGCACCAUUAAACUACAGUUCCUAGGAUUUUGUGUGUGUGUGUGUGGGUAGGGAACAUUUUAAAUGUAUGGUGUGCAUGCAGUCUAAGUUUGAUAAAAGCAAUGCGCCAGUGUCUUCCACUGCACCAGAGGACGGUAGGUGAGCUUAGGGGACAAAGGGCAGGCCUGCUCUACCUUCCAAAAUCCUAUCACUGUCCUCUGCCUUCCAGAAUCUGCCACCUGAGGCAGCCACCUUAUUCUGCCUAAUGGUAGGGUUGGCCCUGCAUGAUAGUUAUAUGGAACCUUUGAGUUUGGAGGCUGCAUGCCACUGGAUACCAGCUGAUGGGAACAACUGGGAGCAACAGUGGGAGAGAGCUAUUGCCCUGUUGGCACUGUGGGAUUCUGGACUAAAUGUGCUUUUUGGGGUUGGACUAGAUUACCCUCGGGGUCCCGUCCAACUCUGCAAUUCUAUGAUCCCGCAGGGCUUUUCUCAUGUUCUUGUGAUGUGUUGCCACUUCCCCCCCAAAUCCUCUGCAGCACAUUUCUCUGCAUCACUCAUAAUCUUCCAGUUCAGCAGCUUCAGACUCUUUAAGUUAAGCGGUUGCUGCAGUUCAGCUGCAGAGGGAGAGAAAGAGAGAGAAAAGGAAAGAGAGUGAUUGCUGCCAUAUAUAAUCUUCUCCACCUGCAGUAAUCUGGCUUUUCUUCCCACACUUCAUUCCUCCCUGGGAUUCUGAACAAUAGCUAAAAUUAUCUGUUUUGAGUUUGGUGCCAAAUUUCAACAUGUCAUAAUAGCUCCUGAUGCUGUCACACACAUUAUAGCAACUUGAGAUGCCAAUUUGUUUCCAAUGCUUGUCAAUCCCUGCAAUGAGAAUCUAUGACUUGAAUAAAUCCCUCCAAUGAUUGUGAUUCUGUGUUGUAUACUUCUGGGCAUUAUUAUUAUUAUUAAUAUUAUUAUUAUUAAACCCCAUCUUUGAAAAGUGUAUGGCCUGAUUUUUGGAUUCAUAAAAAGCCUGGCAACUACACCUCAAACUUUUAGAAUUUUGCAGUUACAGGGUUGACAGUGGCAGAUCCUAGCAGCUGCUCAAACAUCCCAUGUUUGGCAGCAAGCAGGAUGCUAGUUUUUGUAGAAAAAGAAACUGAAUGGGUGGACUACAGUACGUACUUGAGCACCAAGGACAGAGUUAUAGGUGCAGUCUAUAGGUCUGGAAAUAGCAAGCCUGUUCAGAAGCAGUAGAGGAGCAAAAAAAAAUAAAUCGAUUCCUUGCACUAUACAUCUACACUGCAAUUAUUAUUAUUAUUAUUAUUAUUAUUUAUUAAAUUUGUAUACUGCCCUGCCCUGCAGGUCUCAGGGCAGUUACAACAUAAAAACACAAUAUUAAAAAAUUACGUAAUACAGUGGUACCUCAGGUUAAGUACUUAAAUCAUUCCAGAGGUCCGUUCUUAACCUGAAACUGUUCUUAACCUGAAGGACCACUUUAGCUAAUGGGGCUCCUGCUGCCGCUGCACCGCCGGAGCACGAUUUCUGUUCUCAUCCUGAAGCAAAGUUCUUAACCUGAAGCACUAUUUAUGGGUUAGCGGAGUCUGUAACCUGAAGUGUAUGUAACCUGAAGCAUAUGUAACCCGAGGUACCACUGUAAAGUACAUAAUAAAAACAUAAUAAAACAAAAACAACCCAAUAACCCCCCUCCCCAACCCAUUUUAAAAGCCCAUUGGAUGCCAAUCAGCCAAAGAGAGAAAUUUUGAAAACACAUGACUAAUGAAUAAGCUGCUGGAGAAUGAGUGUAGGCAUGUGUACACAAACUUUGUGUGUGUGUGUUAGAGAGAGAGACAGAGCGACAGAGAGAAAGAGAAUAUGAAAACUUCGCAAAUAGAAACUGACAAUGUAAACCUCAACAAGGGAAUAGAAUGACAAGUAGCUGCAGGGGAAGAAAAGCAGCCACUCACAAUUGUAAGAGAGAUCACAAAAGUGGGAGAAAAGGACCUGACCUACAUCUUUGUAUUUAGCAAGUUAGCAAAUGACAUCAGUGAGAGAAGAGGGUCUCUGUGAAAUGGUUUAUUUUAAGACAUAAAUCUGUCAGAUGGUUUACAGGCUAGUGAAACCAGUCAUACACAAAGCAGCCACAAGGCCUGUGCACAAAGCAUCCUAUACUUUCAGGCCCUCUUGCAUAAAAAGAAACAUUUCCAGUGCUGAUAGACACUUGGUAAGGGACACAGGAAUCUAGACCACAAAGAACUUUAUAGGGUACCAACAACAACAUAAAUUUGGUGCAAGAAAUAACCAAGAGGCCAGUACAGCUGCUGCAAAAUGACAAAUACAAUUUUGUAUGAAGUUUUGUUGCUCCUCACCUGAGUUACGGAUUUCUCCUUCUGAAGUCUUCAGGACCAUCCCUAUGUAUAGAGACCAAACUACAUGUAAUCCUAAAUGGGUAUAAGCGUUCUAUAUGCAUGUCCUUUAUUCUUUAAGCUGCCAGGUUGCCUGACCAUGGUGUGUUUAGGGAAGGCGAUUUAAUCUCUUCCCUCCCGUAGUUUUGUGUCAUAGAUAAACACUUUCAAAAUCAGUAAUCCUGGUACACUUUGCAGCAAUGGAAAGUUAGGUCAACUGGACUCUGGGAAUGCUUUUCCUUUUUCAGGGCUGAUGGCAGCAUGAUGGAUGGGUUGGAUAAAAAACAUCCUUUCACCUGAUCCUCCCUGGGAUGCAAAUGAUAUAAUUUGAAAUACAGAUUCAUAGUAGCUCAGCUCCUGGGCAAUUGGAGUCACCCACAAUGCAUUGUCUGCCUUUCCUUUGCCCUCUUCAGGAAAGGCUCAGGUGUCUUAGGGAACUGAGGUGUUCUGUGUGCCUGAUGAAAUUCAAUACAGCCCUUUGUUCUCAGUGGGAACGGCUGGGACGGGAUAUGCAAAAACAUCUGCAGCCUAAGGUUCAAAAAUAGGGAAAGUGUUCCGGCACAUGAAACUUUAAAAAAGAACCAAACCCAAAUGCUUGUGACUUUUAUUACUGGCUGCCAACUGCAAGCAAGUUGAUUUACAUUUCAAGCCUACAAGCUCUCCGCAAUUAUCUCUUCUGAUUUUCAUUCAGCCGUUCCAGCUCUCUGAAAGCAUUUAUUUUGCGGGGGAAAAAUCAGAGUUGCUUGCAUUCAUCCAAGCGAGAGAGAAAACAUUGCUCUGGUUCCUCUCUCCCAACCCCUGCAAAUCAGGCAAAUAGAAGGGCUGAUAAGGAAAUGUUAGAUUAGAUUGCAGAAAUGGAUAAAAUCAAAUAACAUCAAAAAAGCCCUGGGGAGGGCCUGUUUAUUUUUGUAUAUUGCUCUGUCUGGGAACCAGAUGAUGACAGGUUAAUGGAUGUGGAGUGAGAGGUUUCUUUGGCAAUCCAUUCCCAUGUCAUGUGUUGGAAAGAAUGGAUCCUGUGCUCUGUUUCCAAUUUAAAAUCAAUGGGGCUUGCAUAUGCUUCUUGGCAUGCUGGAUAACAGCCCUUUUCUCUUAGCAAGCAUUUUCAAUGGGAUGUUGGGUUUUCACAGAGUUCAUGGCAGCCUCAUGUCAUUGGCUGAGCAGCGCUUGGGCUGUAAGUAUUCGGAAAUGUCUAAAACACUUCAGACAAUCCAUUUGGCACAGCUUUGGGGGAGGGCAGCAGGAAGUGACCUAACCUUUCAGGAUAUUUCUCAGACUUGUGUCAUAGUUUAACCUGGAACUAAAAUAACUGGCUGUUUCCUUUUCCCUAGGGCACCAAUGCCUCUGCUCUGGAAAAAGACAUUGGGCCAGAGCAAUUUCCAAUCAAUGAACACUACUUUGGACUGGUCAAUGUAAGUAUUACUGCUGCGGUGUCAGUUUCUGAAAACAUAUUUUAUGACUUUCCCUGUCGCACCUCGGAGUACUGUCUAGAGUUGGAGAUGUGUCCUCCAUUUUGCUACACCUCCCUCCACCACCCCACCUGCUGGGUUAGGCUCCUAUGUUGCCCCACGGCAGUGGAAGGGGUUAUGGUCGAGAGAAUAUGUAGCUUCUGCAGCACUGGUAGAACACCAGGAGAAGAGCAUAAGAGGAGCGCUGUUGACCAGAUUGACUAAUUCAGCAGGUCUAAAGGCAACCUGGGUGCAGCCUGGUGGGAAUGGUAUAUUCUCCAUGCCUGGGGCUGCCUGGUUGGUGGUGGUGGUGACCUGUGACAGGGCCUUUUCAGUGGUGGUUCCUCAUUUGUGGGAUGCCCUCCUUAGUGAGGUGCAACUGUCUGCAUCAUUAUUAGCUUUCAGGAGGAAUCUGAAACCUUCUUGCUAACCUAGGCAUUUAGUGGCUGCAGAAUACUUUUCCUGGUGACCCUGACAUCACUGGAUGAAAAUUUGUUUUUAUUUGUAAUUUUAGAAUGUUUUAACUGCUUUUGGAAUGCUUUUUUUUAAUGUGGAUGUGUUUGCUGCUUUGGGCACCUUAGAGAGGAAGGGCAGUUUAUAAAUCCUAUCAAUCAAAUGCAGUUUGGUUGUUAUCAUGCAUCUUACCCUGAGCAGCAGUACAGACAACAUACCAGCCCACACCCUGAUAUCAGAGUUUGGUCUCAGCCAGAGCCUGUCAGCCAGGGACCCCUGGGAUUUCUGGAGAUAACAACCACUAAGCCUAAACCUUCUGAGGAACUGGUCUCUUGACCCCAAAGACCUCCACUCCCAUGUCUGGCAGGCAAUGAACUUGGUGUUGGGGUGGAGUGCUCACUCCAGGUGAAAUGACUGCCUCUUUAAGGCCUUCUACAUUACUAGGAAGGGGCAGAACAUGCAAAGUGUAAUAUUUCCCAAGAAGGAUAAAAGCCCUCCAUCCAGCUUUAGACUUGCUGAGAGUAAGUUGCUCACUGGAAGUUUUCCAGUGGUCAGUAACUCUACACUGCGUUGUGGACUAUAUUCUGGCCCGUGGGCUUCUGCUUGAGGUCAGGAUAGGACACAGGUGUGGGCAGGUGCAUCCACAUGUUCUGUAUACAAUAGAUUGGGACAUUCUUCCACGUGAUUCCCCCUGAUUUGUGGUCACUGAACAGAUGAUCUGCCCCCAAGUGCACAGGUAUGGAUAGUAUGCCAGGUGCGCAGGAAGGAGAAACUACAUGUGCCUCUCUGUGUGUUGAGCCAGUACAUCAUCCGAACUAGCCCACUUUUACCAUGUUGACCAUACUUUAAGUAAAAUAGAAUUUGUAAAGGUCCAGCCACCCUGUUUUGAAAAGGAAGCGAGUUCUGCAUGUGAAGCAUGCAUUUAUGCCUUAUCAUAAUAGGUUUUUAAAAUAUGGUACAUAUAUAUAUUCAGGUGUAGGUCAUGCAUGGUAAAGGGCUCUCUGGGUCACAGACAAAAUUUAUUUUGAUGAGUGCUUUGAAUACCAAUUUUGGGAACUUCUAGAAUAGUGACACUGGGCCCCUCCAGGUGUGCCUUUUAUUAUUCCUUUAUUUAUGCUCGUGAUGGAAAUGGGACAGUUUUAUGCAAUGGUACUUUCAAUGCUGUUUGCACCUGGAAAAACAUUGGAAUGGACGUCCCACUUCAUUUCCAGUCAGUGCGUGUCCUGUAGCUUCCUGCUGAAACCCUGUAACAUUUUAUUCCACAAGUGUUCCAAGAGAGGUGGUGGGUGUCCCUUUGUGCUAUAAUGAAAUAUAGUGAAAUCCAGUAAUACAGUAAUACUGGAAGAGCAUUGUGAAACAGCUAUGAAGCAGAAUGAUGUGUGGAUGGUCCAGUAAAAACCUGGCACUAAUGCACUGUUACUACAUCAAUUACGUGUUGCAGAAUGCAGAAAGCCUGCAACUUACAUGCAUUUAACUUGUGCACAUUCAGCUUUACGUGCAUGACUAAUGAUGAUGAUGAUGAUGAUGAUAGCAGAAAGGGUGUGGGGCUCCGAGGGCCUUACAGUGAGAAGUGAGGUUGCAGGGAACUAGGCAGAGGGCCUUCUCGGUAGUGGCGCCUGCCCUGUGGAACGCCCUCCCAUCAGAUGCCAAGGAAAACAACAACUAUCUGACUUUUAGAAGACAUCUGAAGGCAGCCCUGUUUAGGGAAGUUUUAAAUGUUUGCUGUUUUAUCGUAUUUUUUUAUAUUCUGUUGGGAGCCACCCAGAGUGGCUGGGGAAACCCAGUCAGAUGGGCGGAGUAUAAAUAAAAUCACAAUCAUAAUCACAAUCAUAAUAUUCCAGGAAAAUUGAGUUUGGCAAUCCUGCCUGCCAUUGACCUAAUAGGUUUUGACUAUACAUGAUUUUGGCUUUAGGCAUAACCCCCAGAGUGUAACCCCUGCAUAAGUUGCAGACUUACUGUGAAUCCACAAAAAAGCACCAAGUCUGAAGGCACCCACUGUAAACAUUUAAACAUUUAAAACCAUGUUAUGCCUGACACCAGAACAAAACGGAAGAAGCCUGUUUUAGCAUUACGUAAUUUUUAUUCCUAGCUAAAGAGUAAUACUUUGAAGCUCCACAUACAGACCCGUUGACCUACAUUCAGUCUACAGUUAUAGAUUUCUCCUCUUCUACCGAGAGGAGAAAAUACUGAGGCAAGGGAGAUAGGAUAUUGGGUGUUGCACUAAGCUGCACUUCAUGAUCCGCUCUCUCCCGUCCCCACUUAUAUUUUGCAGUUUGGAAACACGUGCUACUGCAACUCCGUCCUGCAAGCCCUGUAUUUCUGCCGGCCCUUUCGGGAAAAUGUGCUGUCCUACAAGGCCCAGCAGAAAAAGAAGGAAAACCUCCUGACUUGCCUUGCGGACCUUUUCCACAGUAUUGCCACGCAGAAGAAGAAAGUUGGAGUGAUUCCACCCAAAAAGUUCAUCUCGAGGUUACGAAAGGAGAAUGGCAAGUAUAGACUCGCACAUCCUUUCAGACCACGGCCCUGAUCCCAAACCAUUCUGGAAGGCUGCCGAGAGAGGAGAGGAGGGAGGAGUGGGUGUCCUCUCAGAUAUGCCUAUGCUUUCUGGUCAGUUCUGCUGUCCAGUCCUCUGCAUCGCCUCGAGACAGACGCCAGAGAAGGGAGUAGAGACAGUCGCAGCCCCCGUGAGGCCCAGUCCUUCCCUGUUGAGGACAGAGGCAGAAGUUAGAACAGUCAUACCUUGGAAGUCCAACGGAAUCCAUUCUGGAAGUCCGUUCGACUUUUAAAGCCUUUGGAAACCAAAGUGCGGCUUCUGAUUGGCUGCAGGAAGCUCCUGCAGUCAGUUGGAAGCCCCGUCGGAUGUUUGGCUUCCAAAAAUAGUUUGCAAACUAGAACAGUCACUUCCGGGUUUGCGAUGUUUGGGAGCCAAAACGUUCGAGAACGAAGCUGUUUGAAAACCAAGGAAUUGCACAAAACAAAUGAAAUACCGUGAAAAUCCCUGAAAUGAGAAGUAAUCGACUAUAAAUAUUAUCUUGUGGAAAUCAACUAAAUAAUAAAAAUCAAAAAGCUUAAGGAAAGAAUUAGAAAAACCUAAAAUAGAACAAUGCCUUAAUGGGAUGCCGGCUACAAACCUCGUUUCACUGAACUAUUCAGUUUCCUCAGAAGGAAAUAGAAAAAUCAUAAACUUUAAAUGACCAAAAUUCAAACGGGUAGAAUCCCAAAAAUUCUGGGAUACCUAGAUCGACCUAGAUGAAGCAAAGUGCAGUGAUAAAGGAUUGAGGACUCAAAAGUACUGUUUCUAAUACUGAAUUUACAAAAAAGGUUUAUCUUGUAUUCCUUUCUUUGAAUUUGUGCCACUUAGGUUUUUAAACCUUUUUGUAAAAGCAGCACUAGAAUUUUCACAGUUGAGUCCUUAACCCUUUAUUAUGGUGCUUUGCUUUCUUCAAAUUGAGCUUUGUUUAAAACUUGCUAUUUAGGUUUCGAACCUUUUUUGUAAAUUCAGUAUUAGAAACUACAAUCUUCCUUGAUACACUGCUCAGUGAAAGAGGGGGAGAUGCAAUUCAGAGGGUGAGGUGGCUACUUCUUCAAGGGUCCCUCCUUGCUUGCUUGUGUGCUCUCUCUGGGCAGUCUUGCUGGGCCCAGAUUCUCCCUGUCACACCAGAACGUGAGUGAGGGGGCAGAGGCAGAAAUAACCACCAAGGGAAAUGACAGGUGAGCAAUCAGAUGCCCUGGUGGCUGCAUGGACCACACAUGGGCAAGCAAGUGAAGGCAGCCCUGUGCUGACUGUCCUCUCAGGCUGUGGGGAGGAGGUGCUGCUCCUGCCACUGCAGAUAUUAGCAUGGAACAGAGUGGGGACGAUCACCCACAAUGACCCAAACCUUCCGUGGGGCCCUCCCCCAUGGUUGGAGGUCAGUGCUGGUGGGCUCUCUUAAGGUAUAGGCCCUUGACAGCUGCCCAACAGCGCUGAACCCUGACUAGCCACAACGCCAGAAGCCGUGAAAAUAUAUGCCUUCCUCCUGUUUUUUUUUACAGAUCUCUUUGACAACUACAUGCAACAAGACGCCCAUGAGUUUUUAAACUACUUACUGAAUACCGUCGCUGACAUUCUGCAAGAGGAGAAGAAGCAGGAAAAGCAAAAUGGCAAACUGAAAAACGGCAACAUGAACGAAGCGGAAGAGAACAACAAGCAAGAACUCACCUGGGUGCAUGAGAUUUUUCAGGGAACGCUGACUAACGAAACGAGAUGCUUGAACUGUGAAACUGUAAGCACUGGGCUUGUUGGGCUGAUAAUAGUUAGAUUACUUUAUAGCAGCUUGUAGAGCUAAAUAUGUCGCUUUAUGAAGCCGUUCAAGAAAUAUGAGUGUUUCUAUGGAGUAAAGCAGCUAUUGUCUAUGUAUAUUUAUUUGGGGCUUUUGAUAACUUUGGUUAAUCGCCCCCCCACCGUGUUGAAUCUUCCUCAGACAAGGACAAAUUAUUCCCCAACCUUGUCUCUUUGCAUACAAAUAUGGGAAGCUGAAUAAUACUGAGUCAGACCAUCUAGUUCAAUAUUGUCUGCACUGAAUGGCAGUGGUUGUGCAGGAUUUCAGUCAGGAAUCUUUCCCAGCUCUAACUGGGGGUGUCAGGAUUUGAACCUGGGACUUCUGCAUGCAGAGCAGAUGAUCUGCAUGUAAGCUUUGGUCCUUCCCCAUAAGAGAGCCCCACAUGUGACAUAUUGCAUCUUAAGGUAUUGUAAAUGUGUACAUGUUUUCACUGAGGGAUAAUUUGAGUUUGGAGCAGCUCCAGGAAUUACUUGUGGCAAAAUAAGAAUGAGGUUACCCUUCUCCAAACUUCUGAUAUCCCCUUUUUCUGAAACGGAAUUGGAGGCACACAUCACUCUUAAACCUCAGUUGGCAUAGGCCAAUCUAUGUUCUUAGGUUGGUACUCUAGUGUGUUUGGCGUUCCCAACACAGUUUUCUUCCCAUGGGGGUGAGAACUGAACAGGAUCACAUUGUGGUGAGGAGAGGGUCUAAUCAGGGUUUCCCAAACUUGGCUCUCCAGCUGUUUUUGGACCACAACUCCCAUCAUCAUGACCAUUAGUAAGGGAUGAUGGGAAUUGUAGUCCAAAAUCAGCUGGAGACUCAAGUUUGGCAAACCAUAGGUAAAGGGUAAAGGGACCCCUGACCAUUAGGUCCAGUCGUGACCGACUCUGGGGUUGUGGAGCUCAUCUCGCUUUCUUGGCCAAGGGAGCCGGCAUACAGCUUCCGGGUCAUGUGGCCAGCAUGACCAAGCCGCUUCUGGUGAACCAGAGCAGCGCACGGGAACACCGUUUACCUUCCCGCCGGAGUGGUACCUAUUUAUCUACUUGCACUUUGACGUGCUUUCAAACUGCUAGGUUGGCAGGAGCAGGGACCGAGCAACGGGAGCUCACCCCAUCACAGGGAUUUGAACCGCCGACCUUCUGAUCGGCAAGUCCUAGGCUUAACCCACAGCGCCACCUGCGUCCCUUGGCAAACCAUGGUCUAACGCUAAUGCACCAAUCCAGAUGACCUCAUCACACAAACUGCUAUUACAUUGUUAAGGCUCCAGGUUUCUGUCACUAAUGGAAAUUUGGUGGGGGGCCAUUUGGAUCAAGGCUGUGCUGCAGGGUGGGGGGGGGAAGGAUUAGACCCAUUUCCCCAGCAUUGCAGCCCUAAUCCAAGUUGGGGUGUGUGAAGAGAGCCACGGUUGGACACUCUAAAUGCAGAGUUCCAGCACAACAAGCUUGACCCUGGGAAAGACUUACCAGAGCUCGAAAGAACCCACCUCUGUGACAGCCACUGUGCUAGAUGUGCCUCCCAAGGGAAAGGCAGACUUGGGCGCACACAGAGCCCAGGGUGUGCUCUGAAGGUAAAUGAAGCUACAUGGGAGGGAACUCCACAUCUGCCCCCUUGCAUUCCACAAUGGAAGGCGCCCUUCUGUAUUCCAGAGGCAGUAGUUCGGUUAGAUAAUUUUAGACUUAAUUGUCUUGGCUUAGAUAAUCUUGUAGAUGGUAAUGCGCAUUACUUCAAAAUACAGUAAGUUGUGUGCUCUCUCUGGGCAGUCUUGCUGGGCCGCCCUGCUCAUUCUGUGGAGUGGUCCUUGAACGUUUGCCCUCAAGUCCUGCCCUGUUUGUGCCUUCCUCAGAUAGCAAGCCAGAAUUAUCCGACUAGGCUAAAGUCCUGCUGAAUCAGUGACUCAUGCAGUAAGGCGUUGAGUAGGUACUUUGAGAGAGUAGUUCAGAUUCCCCGGAGCCCCUAAUGAUGGAAUUAAUUAAUUUUUUCCUUGAUCAGUAGCGGGCCUGUCGUCGCACACUAGUGUGCCCUGGAAAACAGUUUGGUCAUUAGUGGAUUAGAUGAAGACAGUCUCUUAUAAUUGCACCACUAAUAUCGUAUUGUGCCGUUUUGUGCUUCAACUUUCUGAUGAGGGCAUAUUAGGACCAUUUAUGUAACAGUGUUCAAGUCAAAGGCCGUUGCGGCCUUUUUUAUAUUCACUGUUGCAGCAUCCCUGUGAAGUCAUCACUCUUAUUCAUAUCUUAGAAAUAGGGUGAGAAACAGAAUGUGUGAUCGAGGAGGCAGGGAGGUUCACAUGAGAGUUGGGCUUUGGAUGGAUCUGGGCCUCUUAGGUGGAGCCUGAGAGCAGCCCUUUCCCUCAGGUUGACUGGCUUACCCCUCAACCUGAAAAACAGUCAGAAAUAUGACUUAUCAUCUGAAUUGUCAUUGUCAGAUUUGGGGCAAGGUAAAUCUUGACUAAGAUUGAUAUCUGCUUCUUUGCGCAGUUUAGCUUUUUUGGAUUAAGUCGCAUGCUGUGCUAAAGGGUACUAGGUGAGAAAGAGAGAGCCCUGGAUCCAGAUUCCAUGUGUCAACACAUAAUUACUGUAUUUAUGAGAUUUUGCCAUAAUCAGUUUCUUGAAAUAAGCAAAUAUCCUUAUUUUAUUCUUUCAAUAUAAAGUAGUUACAAGGUAUUAUUUCUGCUGUGUGUAACAAGUAAUGUUUGUUGUUUGAAGCAAUCUAUUUCUCCCCUUCAAACAGGGGAGAAAGGGUCUAGUGGCAGCAGUAUAAGCAAACAUACAAAAGGGGUUGUAUUCUCAUACCCAUGUUCAAAGUGACUCAUAUAAUGGAUUUCAGCAGGACAAACUCUGGAAUGAAGAACUUUCAUCCCACAAAUCUCUUCCCCGCAGUUGAGUUUGUAUCUACAGUUCCUAAUCUUAAGAAAAACUCAACUCAACUUGUGUGGUUAUAGUUCUGCUGAUGUCAGUGACAUUAUGUAAACGCAAGCAUUUCUUAAAGCACCUCGCAAUAUGAGCAAGAGAAUCUGUAAUUGGAUCAAAGCAGUGGCACUAGAGAGUAGGGAUCCACAUUUAGGUCUGAUCUACUUAUAACAGUACUCACAACUCAGAGAAAUUGAAGAGAGAGACUUUUAAAACAGCCAUGUUGUUGUUGUUUAGUCGUUUAGUCGUGUCCGACUCUUCGUGACCCCAUGGACCAGAGCACGCCAGGCACUCCUGUCUUCCACUGCCUCCCGCAGUUUGGUCAAACUCAUGUUGGUAGCUUUGAGAACACUGUCCAACCAUCUCAUCCUCUGUCGUCCCCUUCUCCUUGUGCCCUCAAUCUUUCCCAACAUCAGGGUCUUUUCCAGGGAGUCUUCUCUUCUCAUGAGGUGGCCAAAGUAUUGGAGCCUCAGCUUCACGAUCUGUCAACAGCCGUAGCUUGGGCCAAUUAUAUGGAGGUGAGGCUGGUGGGGAACCCCAGUGUAUUGGAAGGGGUCUUUGGAGCAUUGGUUGUGAGCGGUGCGGUAGAAAUUUCUCUACCUCAGCAGGUCCAGAGUUAGAGGGUAUUCUUGGCCCUUUCCUGGAUAAGCACGUAGAAGCAGUGUUGGAGUUUAUGCAUACUCCUCUUUUCAGAGAAGGGGGAUUUCAUUGUGGUUUUAUAACUUAUAGGACUGAUUACUGCACUGCCCCUUACUGGGGAGCACUACCGAGAGCAACUCUGAAGACAACUCUGAAGCUGCAAUUGCUACAGAAUGUUUGCUCUCCUGACAGGCACAGGGAAGUAAGGUCAUAUGCAACUGAUAUUGCAGGUUUCUUCUGCUCAGUUCAAGGUGCUGGUGCUUAUCUUUGCAAUGUUUCAUGACCUGUGGUCAACAUUGUAUAGAAAAGCCUUUGUCAACUGGCUAGGGUCGAUGGAAGUUGUAGUCCGAAACCACAGGAGAGCACCAGGUUGGCAGAACCUGCUAUAGACUGCCUCUCAAAAUAUGAAGUUCAGUACACUGUCUGGGCUCUGCAGGAAGGCUGGAGAGGAAGGGGGAAUGCUAUACUCAAUACAGGUGUAACAAUUAUGCUAAAACAAACCUUAGUUGGCAAAAAUCCCACACACCCUCAAAUCGCAGUUUCAUGUCCUGGUUUGUGUCCAGUCCUUAACUAUGGUGGAGGCAUUUCUGUAACCAUAGUUACAGAAGACAAACCAUUCUUAGGUAUCCCAUCAUAGAGCUGCAAGAGAUUAAUAUGCCUCCUUUUCCCUAACUGCUUUCAAAGACAGGACCAUUCAGCUCCACAACUUGAACCUAAACCUUUUAAUAACUUGUUUUGGUCUACUCAUCUGCCCCACUGCUUAAUUCUUUCUGCAAUGUUGGCAUCAUCUUCUAGGUUUUGAUGUUGUGCUGACAUAAUGGUAGGCAUUUGCUUUGCUGGUGCAGCUAGUUUUAGGAUCAAGCUGUUGGUUGUGCAGUGCUCAGAAAUAUUAUUGCCUCCUAUUUUUGUCGCAGGUUAGCAGCAAAGAUGAAGAUUUCCUCGAUCUCUCUGUUGAUGUGGAACAGAACACAUCGAUUACUCAUUGCUUAAGGUAAAUGAGCGGCUGUAGAAAUGUGUGUUGAAAAAAAGUGGGAGCAGGUUUUUGCUGUCUGAUCAUUUUAGAUUAGUGGGAUUUGAAAGGAAGAGCAGCAUGAGAGUUAUGGUAUGAUAUGGCAUAAAUCGAAUCAAGAAAUAUAAAUGGAACUUUUUUUGGAAGUAGGAAUAUAAAUCAAUCCUGCUGCAAUUGAAUAUUCAGGAAGAAACUACAGUUUUUCAAUCUUUCAAUUGCUUACUCCAGGGAGGUUCCACUGAAGGCAGCAGAUUUACUCUGGAGCAAAUAGCUUGAGAAUGGUGUGCAUGCAUGCAUAACAUGUACUUCCUGGGAAAGUAAUAUACCAUCUGUCAAUCAAAGGGCUUAUGAAUAAUAUGGAGCAUUUAUCCCAAGUAUUAGAAAACUUUAUUUAUCACAGUAGUUAAUCUGAAAGAAGUCGUUAAGCAUCCAUUAGGUCCCACUGAAUUAAAUACAACUUUGAAUUUAGAUUUACCAGAGCUAUACUGAACUAAGAGUGCAAUUUAACACAUCUUUCCGAGUUCAGAACCUGCUCGAGCCUUGUUAUCAGUUGGGUCCAAGACUUAGCAGUACUUGGAAGUCAAAAAUCCCCCUUUGCCUGCCUGUGCAUGUGUACACACACACAGAUGCAUUCUCUCUCAGGUUUAUUGCUUCAGCUCUUUAGGCAGGUGACUGCAUGAGUCCAUCUUCAUGAAAACAUAGCUCUUACCUAAGGGAUCACAUUCUCUUCUGCUUCCCAUCAUGAGACGCAAGUUCUAUCCCAAAUGCUUAUACAGUCGUACCUUGGAAGUCAAACGGAAUCCAUUCCAGAAGUCUGUUCAACUUCCGAAACAUUUGAAAACCAAAUUGUGGCUUCUCAUUGGCUGCAGGAAACUCCACCAGGAGUGGUGGAGGGUGUGGCUGAAGGGGGGCUGUGGCCUGAGGAAAGUCAUAUGGGAUGCAUGGAGACCUGAAUUUGGCCUCUGGAUCUGAGGCUCUCCACCCCUGGCUUAGUGGGUCAUACAUUCUGUUCUUGGUUGUCCCAUUUUUGUGUGGGAAUCUGGAUGUAGAGAAGCACUCUCAGUACCAUUUCCAUAGUUGUUUGUCUUCCUUAUCCUGGAAACUCAUCAAAGUGUAAGCAUUUUCAGAAGAGUACUUCAGGACUGGACUACUGUAAUGCACUCUAUGUGGGACUUCCCUUGUGCUUGGUCGGGAAAGUGCAUGGCAUCAUUUUAUAACCUUUGUGAAUGCUACUGGCAUUUGUUUACUUCUUAAAUUUCCCUCUUGUCCUUCUUCCCAAAUGGGCCCUGUGAAGCCAACACCAAAGUUGCAAAACAGUAUGAAUGAAAAUAAAAUAUUUGAAACAUUAAAAAAAAUCCAAAAUGUAUAUAUAUAUAUAUAUAUAUUUUACCAAUCAUGAAUAUAUAAAAAAUCUACAAGAGUCAAAAACCCUCAAAGCUAAUACAGUGGUACCUCGGGUUACAUACACUUCAGGUUACAGACUCCGCUAACCCAGAAAUAGUACCUCGGGUUAAGAACUUUGCUUCAGGAUGAGAACAGAAAUCGUGCUCCGGCGGCGCGGCAGCAGCAGGAGGCCCCAUUAGCUAAAGGUGUGUUCUUAACCUGAAACUGUUCUUAACUAGAGGCAUGCUUUUGCUAAUGGGGCCUCUUGCUGCUGCUGUGCUGCCGGUGCACGAUUUCCAUUCUCAUCUUGGGGCAAAGUUCUCAACUCGAGGUAACUCUUCCAGGUUAGCGGAGUUUGUAACCUGAGGCGUUUGUAACUCGAGGUACCACUGUAUUAAGAUUUUGGACUCACUGUAGUUAACCCCUUGUAAGAGUACGAGCUCUUAACAUAGAGUGACUUCAAAUCAUGUCUGCCCGCAUGUGCAAUGGAAAUGAACCUUUAGCUGGCAGGUUUCCCAAGUGUAUUUUGGAAAUUAUAAUUGCCAUGUUUGAGAACAGAAACUGCAUUGUUUGACCUUAAUUGUAUAAACAGUGUUGAGCAGGAAAGAGAAAUAAGUAAACAGGAGCUAUUUCAGAGGCAAUAGCUCAAUUAGUCUUGCUUCCCUUUACUACUACAGCAAACUCCCCUUCCUCUUAGUUAUCGUUGAAAGAAAAAUCCCUUUUGUGUUUAAGCCCCCAAACAUAGUUCUUUUCCUCUGGGCAUCAGUGCUGGCAUUAAAAGAGGAAUUCAUAAAAUAACACAAUAAAUUAUGUAUCAAUUAUUUUUAUUUCCAUGAGGAGUUGAAAAGGCCAGCUGGUUCUGUCAGUUUUACCUCUUUUUUUCUUAGAAAAGCAUUUGCCCCAUGAAUAAACCAACACCUCCAGCAUAUUUCUGUCUAAGAAUAGUUUAUAUGUCUAGCUUUUAUCCAGAAAUUAGAAGUUUUAUUUUAGCUAGGUCAAAAUGAAGUAAUCUGUCAUCUGCUGAAUGUAAAACAAGCAUUUCUUAUGCCUGUGAAAACCACGCUUCAAUAAAAUUUGAAGAGCAGAAUGAGUGCCCAUCUGUACUAUACAUUUAAAGCAGCACCACAGGACUUUAAAGAGGCCUGCUUUCCCUCAAAGAAUUUUGGGGACUGUAGUGCGUUACAGAUUCUCAGAGAUGUUGGGAGAUCCCUAUUCCCCUCACAAAACUAUAAUUCCCAGAGCUCCCUGGAAAGAGCGAUUGAGAGUUAAACCAGUCUGAGAAGCAUAGUUCAGUGAGAAGACUAGGAGGUCUUCUAACAACUCUCAGCACCCUUAACAGUUCCCAAGUAAGGCGAUCCUGCAAGUAUAUUCUCUCUGACCACUGUGUUUGAGUUACAGUCAAACAACUGUACAAUAUUUUGCAACCAGCUCGGGGCAUUUGGGAUGGGAAGGAUGAAACUGUAAGCACUGUUCCCUCCGUUGAUUUUUCAGAGACUUCAGCAACACAGAAACAUUGUGCAGCGAACAAAAGUACUACUGUGAGACUUGCUGCAGCAAACAAGAGGCACAAAAAAGGUAAGCAAAGCACCUUGUGGCCUGGUCCCAGGGAGGCUAGUAUAAAUUUUAAAGCUGAAAUAAAACGAAUUCUUCCUGCUUUCAGUUCUGCAAAAAACAGUAACAGAGGUGUGCCUAUGUGGGAACACCGUAUCAAGAAUAGGGACCUGUUUAUAAAUAGAAUGGGCACUUAUUAAAUUUACAUUUUUAUUAUUGAUAUCAUGGACUCCCUUUUGUUUGUAUUUAAAAUAUUACACUGUUGUUGUUGUUGUUGUUUGUUUCUUUAAAAAAAUAGUUUUUAUAACAAAAUAAUUGCUGGUUGCUUUUUUCCCCUUUGGAAGAAAAAAAAGAAAACCUGCACAAGUUCUGUUCUUAUCCAGUGAUAUUAUUUUGACUUCAUAGGAUGAGGGUUAAAAAGCUGCCAAUGAUCCUUGCAUUGCACCUGAAGAGAUUUAAAUACAUGGAGCAGUUACAUCGGUAUACCAAGCUCUCUUACCGCGUGGUAUUUCCUCUUGAGCUGCGUCUCUUCAACACAUCCGGGGAUGCUAUCAACUUGGAUCGCAUGUAUGACUUGGUGGCUGUAGUAGUUCAUUGCGGCAGGUAAGCAGCAUUCUCCUUCAUUUAUAAACUCUAACGCGAACCCCAAAGAUCCUAUCCAGCAAAUGAUUUAAGUGCGCUGGACAGUUCUGAACACCGUUGGACAUUUAAUGUUCUCCCUUCAGCAUUAUUAGAGGGCAUGUAUCAUGACAUCCCAGUGGAACAGAGAUGGUCUCCAUGUAAUUCUGAUGGCAUUGUGUCCCAUUUGGCACAUUCUUCUAUAUUGCCCACUGUAUUGUGAUACCCGAAGAGAGCUAAUUCAACUGUUACUUAGGAAACUACCCAGCCACUCAGAGGAAACCUAUGUUAAAUACUUUCUUGCUGAAUAUCACCAGGCCUGUCUUAAAAUUCUGUUUUAUGGCAACGAGGAUAAGACAGGCUGCAGUGACAGUGAUGGUCGAUGAAUGAGUACUGAUGUUAAACUCUGGAACAUAGAUUUUAACUCAAGGAGUGCUAUUUUUAAUGCAAAUAAGUUUAAAGGGAAUUUUUAAUUUCAUCUACUGCGUCUGCCACUUGGUGCUGAUGCAGUGUGAGUUGCUGUUGUAAAUUCUGCUGUCUGACUGUGGUCAGAUUGAUGCUUUAAUGAAGCAUCAAUCUGACCACAGUCAAGAUUGAUGCUUCAUUAAAGAAAAUAAAUCCUGUGCAGAAGAAGCAGUAUAAUUUCCUUUAGUCAGUGCUUUUUUUCUUAAAAAAAUAUUUAGCAGUACUCUCAUUUUCCUACUCAUUUUGAAAUACUGCCCCUCAAUGAGGCCAAACUUAGAUUCACACAAUGUUUAGGGGUAUGCGUACCCCCAGAAAAAAGCACUGCCUUUAGUAUUCAGGAGUGCCUGUCAGUUUGGAAACAAAACAGGGCCACCUAAAAAUAAGGGUUUAUGCACCCAAAAAUGUGGUUUCUACACAUUUGGGGUACUGCCUAGGUAUUCUGGUGUGUAUAAGCUUGCAAAUUAAAUUAUUAUUAUUUUUAUUACCCAAAUGGCAUAACAAGCACAUAUGAACUACCUUGAUUGAAAGUCAUAAUGUUAAGGUAUCAGUUGAAACAGAGAUGGAAAAUAAAUUGGAUGUGGGAGAAGAUAGAAUUCGCCUGUUCAAGCCUUAACAUCUUCUAGACAAUACCCUGGAGGGGAGAAUUAUAGUUGCAGGGAAUGCAACUUUUAUGUCUAGAAGGUUGACUCAGUUGUGUCCUUAUUCUUUUUUUUAAUUUAAUGGUGUUUCUUUUCUUUUAGUGGACCUAAUCGUGGACAUUAUAUUACCAUUGUGAAAAGUCAUGGCUUUUGGCUAUUGUUUGAUGAUGACAUUGUAGAGGUCAGUAUACUUGUUCCUGGGAUGUGGCUUAUAGCUUGAAGGUUAGCCCCCCCCAAUAAGAGCAAGCCCCCAAUACUGGCAAACAUAAAAACCAAUGGGACUUAUGCAAGGAUCCUAAUUUUUAAUUACCCUCAGGUGUUCAUUGCAGUCUAACCUACAUAUGCAACAGAGCAAGAUAGCAGAAUGGAUGGAAUCCCCUCCGGGUGUAGAUAGAGGAUUCUGUUUUUAGUUUUCUCCCUACUUAAAAAAACUCUCCAUCAAUAUAAAACCAGCACAGCAGCCCUGAGAUAGAACCCUUUUCUCUGAUAUACUAUGGAAGGAAUUCAAUGUAGCACCUUGCCAUUUGUUCCAUUGGCACAAGCUUUUUUGUUUGCCGGAUUAAAUUAUCCCCCCACUCCUCCCUCCACACACUGUUUUGGUGGGUUCUCCUGACCCCCACAAGCUAAUUUUAGUUGCAUAUAGCAUAAUAAGCCCAAGAUAAAAUGAAAAAAAAAAUUACAAGUAGAAUAAUAGCCAGUUACCUGCUUCAUAAAUGGAACAUCAUCGCAAACAGUGAUUCUUCCUCGCCCUGCUCCCCGAUGUUUCUUGAAGACCUUUUCAUGCCAACAGGCCUACUCAGUUGUUUAAACUUUUUCAAGAUGAGCCAGGCAUUUGUAUGGUUGUUUUAUAUUGUGUUUAUGGUAUUUUAUGUUUUAUUGCACCUGCAUAUUUUGCUGGACACAAGCCUAAUAUUUUAUAUGGAGGGGUUGUUCCUGUAAAUAUUUUUGAAUAAAUAAAUAAAAUCUCCCACAAACUUGGGAGUAAAGGGCACACCAUAGAUUUGAAAAAUAAAAAUGACGGUUGAUACAGAAGGGCCGUGCUGCGACAGAAUCCAAAAUAUAUUUGAACCAAGUAGCUGUAACCUGAAGGCAGCUAGGAUUACCUAGGCCUUCAGCUAUCUGUACUUGGUUGGUUUAUGUUUGCAUACGCAGUUGUAUCACAUAGCCUACCUGCUCAUUGUCUGGGUGAAAGAAUUAGAGGCGCUUGCUCACCAAAGAAAUUGUAGUCAGUAAUAAGUUGAACAAAAGGUCUAUAUGUGAAGAUAGAGGGGGCUUGGAUGGAAUAAAGUUAAUUGAUGUUCUUUCUCAAUGGGACAAUGCAAAAUAAGCAUGCCCCACAAAAGGUUUGUACUUCAAGUCACUCCAACCACAAACAGAAGAAAGAUCUCAGCUGUCUGCAGCUAUUGCAGUAACUUGCCAGCCUCUGUGCAUUUUAAAGGCAAGUUUAUAUCUAAAUGCCGCCUAAAUUGAGAAUUUGGAAGGAGCUGGACAACUAUUUUGCCACCUUGUCUAAAUUUCUAACAGAAUUUUCCCUUGGGCAAAGCCUAUUUGUUUUAAUAUUGUUACAUCCAUUUCCUUAAUUUUUCUCCGUUAACAUUUUGAUUAUUUUACCUUUGCAGAAAAUCGAUGCGCAGGCUAUUGAAGAAUUUUAUGGUCUGACCUCUGAUAUAUCUAAAAAUUCAGAAUCUGGAUAUAUUUUAUUUUAUCAGUCAAGAGAGUGACUUGGGAAGACACUUGACUUUUUCCACCCCGAGAGGAGAAACUGACCAACACUGUUAACUGACUUCCAUGUAGACUCAUCCAAUACAGUAUGACAGUGAUAAGCUCAUGCCGAAAUUGUGAACUAAGACUCUCCAUCUUUGACUGGAAGAUCUUUUUUUCUUUAGUCUGAAUCUCAUUAACUACUGCAAGAACAAAUUUAUACAGCUCGUGUUCAUUUGCUGAAUCCUGCUGAACUGAGGUAUAAUGUGGCAUAGAUGUUUGCACCACCACUAAGGACCAUUUGUUCUCUGUUUCUAAAGAACCAUUCCUUUAGGCUAGUGGUUUUCAGACCAUGUUUUGAGGAACCUUGGGAUUCCUGAGAUGCCUGUCAGGGGUUCCUCAAUGAGAAGAUGCAAUAGUAAUGGUAGACAUCCAUCCCUUAAUGGCAGCUUGCCUGCAGCUACCAAUCUUCACCUGUAAAGGGCAGCUGUGGGGAGCACUGGGCUGUGUCCUAAGAGGCACUCUCACCGUUCACACAGGACACUAGUGAGCCCCAGGAAACCUAGCCAACACUCCAAAUGAAAUGUGCAGCCUAGAACACCCAACUCUUUUGCAAGAACUCUGGCAAAUGCACAAGGGUUCCUAGGCAGAGCAAUCAAUGUGAAAAGUGUUCCCUUAAGUUGGAACGUUUGGGAAAUUGCUGCUUUAGAUACCUACUGAAAUGUAACUCAUAUUCAUGGAUCCUCAAUCUGGUUGGAUUGUGGAUUGUGUCACAUGGUACUCUUCAACUAGAAAACUAUUAUCUCCCGAUCCCCCUCAAGCUUUGGGUCAUGAAACAAUAUCAAAUUGGCAGCCACAAAACACAAUGUUGCUCAGUCCCGUUUGAACCAAAUUCCGCCAGUCUUCCUGUUUAUCAUGUGACAGCACAGAUCAGCCAAACUGCUCCUUUGGAUUCCCACACUGUAAAAGGCUUUAGGAGAUUUUGCACUGAAAAGAAAAGGGGGGGAAGUUGUUCUUCCAUGUUACUUUCACUGUGUGAUGAGUGAUAGUAUCCUUUUAUCCCAAAGAAAUACCACAAAAUGUCCUUGCUUACCUGAGUUUGCACAUGUCUAUAUGAGUAUCAUGCAUGCAAGCAAGUAUUGGUUGUACAAUCCAAUUAAGCAAUAGUGACCAUGAUCCAAAGCUCCAUAGGAUUUUGGUGCAGAGCUCCGUGCAAAGAGGAGUUUCUCAUUCUUCCUGGUGUUUGGGGAUGCAUCAUGGGCACAUAAGAGAUCCUACACGCAGAUCGGAAUCCCUGGAUUUAAGUGAAUAUCCAUCAUAUUAUGCAGAGCUCUGGACUUGGACAGAUGGCACUGAUUGCACUGAGAGCCAAAUUAUGUGGCAUUGCACAAAGAUGUACUACAUUUGUAGCCAUAUGUAAUAAAAAUCAGUUUUUAGGUUCCAUCUGUUUGUCAUGCUCUAGUGUGACGAACGCCGGAAACCUAAAGUAAAUAGAACCUGGUUCAAUUUCAGCUACUCCCAUUAAGUACAAAGAAAACUGGCCCAAAUUAGCGAAGCUGUUGGGUAAAAUACAGAGCUGCUGAUCCAAUAGAAAGUUUCCCAGGGGUGAAGGGCAGAUUUUGCUCUCAUCUCGAGGAUAUGCAGUGGUGGCCAAACAUGCUCUCUGGCCCAAACACUGGGUUGCCAAAGUUGUGCUGAGUGAGACUCCCAUUUGAGGAAAUACGUGUCUCUGCAUGCCACCAGUAGAACCUGCAAUAUACAAAUAUCUCUGGCUCUUUUGCUCAUCAUAUUCGCAGGCAUUUUGCUUGUGUAAUGAAGAGCAUUUGGCCCUGCAGGAAUUAACAGCAUCAACAGCCAUUAGCAAUUUACUAGCAUGAAUUUGUGUUUUAAGACUAUAUGAAUGUUUUGAGGUGUUCCCUGUUAGUUAUGAUAAAUGCACUCUAGCUAUUCAAUAGCUGUUUAAAAAUAUUAUUGCAUAAGUCAUGUUUAAAUGCAAAUAUCAGAAGAGGAAUGGGAAUAAUUUCUACUUUGCUGAAUUAAUGGAUCUAAAAUUGCAGAGUUGGAUUGUCUUGACACUUGUAAGGUGCAGUGCAUGGUCUUCGAUCAAAAUAAAAGGCAAAUAAAUACCCUGCAAGAUAUUCACGUUUGCAAUACAAGAAACGAAUAGGAGUACAAUAAAUGAAUUGUGCAAAAGCUACUUCAUGCUGACAUAUACCCUGGAUUUGUGCAGAUCUGAGUAUGACUUCAAGUGAGAAAAUUCCAGAAGAGAUAUACAUUAUUUUUUCUAUUUUUUUAAAAAAUAUGCAUGUAUUUAUUAGGAAAGAGCCCCUUUUAAUACUUUCUGAAUAGAGAUCUAAUUACAGUUUUACUGCUGUGCUGCUUAUUUUGCCAUAAUUCAACACUGUUGGAACUUGCAUCUUGGUUUUCCAUCUGGGAAUGAAAAUCUUUCUUGUGCGCACGUGUUAUGUACCUUUGUUACUUUGUGGUGAUCUUACAGUAUUGGUGAGAACACCGUUUACUGUGCAUUUGGGACAGGAAACAGUGCAUUUAGAACUACUUUGUAGCACCUUACAUGAGCAUAAUUGGAUAUUCUUUAAAGUGCCAUAAAUUGUUUUAUCUUUGUGGUGAUCUAACAGAGUAGAGAGAGAGUCUUGCUUGCAUGAAUAUUCCAUUUGUUCAGCAGGGCUGUGGAUACUCUGUGUACAUAAAUAGACACCUAUACAUAGAUUAAUAAAGCCUGUGUGUAUUCCUGACCACUUGAAGUCCUGCUCAGACCCAAUUUUGACAAAUUAAAUUUUAUAGCAGGCAUUCCCCACAUCUUUUCCAAACAUGUCAGUGGCAACAAAGAUUAGAAAUAUAUAUAUUUAAAAACAAUUUGAAGAAUUCUGACUUCUCAACAAGAGGCCAAAUUCCACCCUUGCACAGUGCCGUCAAAUGUAUAAAAAUAUACAUAGUCCUGAAUAUAGCAUAAGAAGAAUCAUUCCUGAUCAGACCAAAGGUCAAUCAGUUUCAAACAGUAGCCAACCAAAUGUCCCUGGCUAGCUUACAAAGGCAAUAGCUCUUGCUUGCUUGUCCCCACUAUCUGAUACUUGGUAAUAUAUUCUGAAAAAGAGUUAAUUAUAGCUAAUGUCCUUUGAUUCACCUAGGCCUCAUGGAUUUGUUGAAUCCUUAAAUAUAUAUAUCAAUUUGAGUGAUUAACUCUGUUCCUUUUCAUUUCCCCAUGAUUCAAUGUCUAUGUACCUAUUUCUGUUCUGCUAAACAUCAAAAAACCAUCCACCCAAUAAUACCAGUGAUAUUAAUUAUCUAGAGCUCAGUAUUUCAGGAAGGCAAAAUGUACACCUUUUGUGUUCAGUGCAAGAACACAAUAUAAAUACAUCGAAGGUCCCUAUAUGCAGAAUGCUUGAGGGCUAUUUAAAUGGAAUAACUGAUGCUAUUGAGUUACUGUGAACAAAUACAGUGGUGCCCCGCAAGACGAAAAACUUGCUAGACGAAAGGGUUUUGCGUUUUUUGAGUCAUUCCGCAAGACGAAUUUCCCUAUGGGCUUGCUUCGCAAGACGAAACAUCUUGCGAGUUCUUGCGAGUUUGUUUCCUUUUUCUUAAAGCCGCUAAGCUGCUAAUAGCCGCUAAGCCGCUAAGCCGUUAAUAGCCGCUAAGCCGCUAAUAGCCGUGCUUCGCAAGACGAAAAAACCGCAAGACGAAGAGACUCGCGGAACGGAUUAAUUUCGUCUUGCGAGGCACCACUGUACGUUAGUCUGCAGGUUCCUGACUAGGCUACUCGCUGAAGCAAAGGAUGGAAGUGUUGGGUUUAUAUCAAGAAGACCUCAAAUUGUGCCUGUCGUCUUUGUCACUGCACACACACACAUGCAUCACUUGAUUCCUCAGUGGUUUAUUUCUGACAGCUUCAUAUGUCGACCGGCUCAGACCUGUUUCAGAUGUAAUGGAAAACCCUCGUCUUUUGUUGUUCCAAGGAGGAGAUUGUGGACACGUUUACUCCUGUUUUAAAACAAAACACAGAUUCCCAUUAUGCAGAAACUAUGGUUUGUUUAAACUACAGUUAGGAAAUAAACCAGGAUUAGAAACCACAGUUUCCUCCCAGCUUUCAUUUUGUUUUUGGAACUUAUUGGAGUUUAAACAAAUCAGAGUUCCCCAAGUUUCUACAUAAUGGGGGACUGUGGUUUGUUUAAAACUAAUAUUAUGGCCACAAAAGAAGCAAAACAGGAGGAGUGUGUGAGCCCAAGGCUUAUCAUACUUCAUUCACCUAGCUGGACAUCAUCUGAGAAGCAUUGCACUUUAGGCAAUGAUGUGAAAGCUGUGUCUGGCUUUUGAUCUGUGUUAGUACAUUCACAUCUGUGAGGCAUCAUUUGAUCAAGUGAUUAACAGGCAUGUGUACAGCAGCCCACAGCAUGUAGAUCUUGCCUCAGAGUACAGAAUAUAGAAACUAUUCCUUCUGUUGGGACUGGAACAAUGCUAGCUUGUCUCAUCAAUACCUGGAACCAAUGGGGCUCUUUCCAUUAAAGCCCAUUUACAUCAAAAGACAACUGUCCUAUUGACUCCCAUGGGGUUAGGAUAUGAUCCUUUUGUGAAUGAAAUCCUUUACUUGCUUUGCUAUAUUGCACAGCAUUUCUCUCAAGGUGUGACCAUCACUUUUCUGACAAGCUAGGCUGCUCUGGUUGUGGUGAAUAAAUGCACUUUCUAGUUCAGUGUUAAUCAGUGUAAUACAGAUGUUUUGUACAUUGCAAAGGUUGCUGCCAAACAUUUUAAGGAUAUAUGUUAAACCUCUUUUUAAAAAUAAAUAAAAAGAAGCUAGUAUUAAUGUAUAACUGGAAUGUUUGGAGCUGAUGUUUGUAUGGACAGAAUUUUUGCGUUACUGGUAAAUAUUUUUUAAAAAAACAACUUGGGGUUUAGGGUAUAUCUGUGUUUUACAUUAACUACAAUAUUCUUUUUGUGGCAGGUAAUAAAGCCAGAAGAUGGAAAUAAUAUUUAAAUAUUAUAAUAUACAGUUCAACAUGUUUUUUCCUUGCUGUAUCUCAUGAUUUGAGUUGGAUAAUAAAUACAGAUAAUUAUA